AUGACAGAUGCAUCUUGCCGCUGCCAAUUCUUGCUGAAUCAUAGUUCAAAAAGAGAUGUUUUCAUCACGCGCUCGGUAGCUGUGGCGGCCACAAAGUGGCGAGGCCCGUCGACGAAGAGCUCGGAGGGAAGACGGUGGAUGCACCGCAGAGCACGCUUCCGCGAUGACCUGGGCCUGAAUUGCAGGCAGCUUUGCAUCUCUGGUUCAGCCCCAGCGCUGCAGGUGGGUGGCUCAAGCAGAGCAUCCACCCCAGCUAAGGCGAAGAGGCGGAGCGGUGCCGCGCAUGCAGGGCUAGUGGGUCAGCUCUCGUCCACUUUUGCCGCUCCACUUGAGGAGUGCUCCACUCUAGAGAACCUGCACCGCGUGGCGCUGCAGAUCUCCGGGCGCCUCUCCUCGCACCGCCUGGCCUUUGCGGCGCUGGUGGCCGCCGUGAGCGGCCGAUGCGCCUCAAUGCUACGACGGGGGUGGUCUAUGGAGGAGGCUGCGGAUGCCAUGCCGCUGCUUGCGGACCUUUGGCAUGCCGGGCUUCUGUAUGUGCCCGGUGACACCGCGCGAACCGCAGUGGCUUCAGCGCUGGCGACUUUAGUAUCCGGAGGGCGAAAGGAGACGCCCCCAGGGUCUGCCCUGGGGUUCUCCAGACCUUCGUCCACUGGCAGUGGAGUCCCGGCGCGGGAGACCAUGGAGCAGCGACUCAGAAGAUGGUGCCGCUCUGGCGAGCUCUUCGAAUCGGCUGCGUCUAUGGAGCUCCUCACAAGGGAGGGGGCAGCCUUGGUGGAGGAACAGCUCUACGAGGAGCUGAAGCGUACCUUGGCGGGUGCGCGGGAGGAGGACUUGCGGAAGGCAGCUUCAAAGGUCAAGCUGGGCAGCGUUCCCCUUGCUCGAGCUUGUGGUCUGAUGGCUAAAGCAAGAGCAAGGCCUGGCAAGCCGUCGAACCAAGUCUCCGGACCCAGCGAAGCUGAAGCUGAAGCUGCCAAGGUCGCUUCCGAAGCAACCGCUGAAACCGUUGCAGCGAUUGUCUUUGAGGUAGUCCGCAACACUGAGACUGCAAGCGGGGAGAGGGCCACUAGUGCUCGUGCGGCUUUGGAGGAGAAUGGAUUCGUGGAAGGACCUGGCAUACAAGACAGGCUGCUUGCAUCUACCAGGUCCCCAAGUUCCAGCCGCUAUUCGAGCUUCUAUGGUCCUUUGGAGUCAGGACCCUCCUGUUCCCCUCCAGCGUCCAUAUACAAGUCAAGAGACGAAGGCUCGCUGGUGCUGCCUGACUUUGAUGGACCCUCCGUCAGUCACGGAGACCACCUCACGGCAGCUGCUCGCAAGGCGAACACUCAGUUAACGGCCCUCGAGGGCGGGUUGCUGCGAUUAGAGGCAGCCCGUCAGGAGAUGCGACGAGCCAAGGCCCUUCAUCCACUUCCUCGCAUGCAAGCUGUCGGCUUCUCUGUGGGAUAG